UUGGCUGAUGGCUUCACACCGGAAUCGAACCAUGGGGCCCCUGCGGCCACUGUACACCCAUCCCAGCUUCUUAUUUCCCCGACUUUCCUCCGUCAAGGAGGAUUAAACUUUCCCUCCGUCAAGGUGGAGUAAAGUCGGGCCAGAGAUGCAGAAAGUAGUCAUUGUAACUGGCGCCAACAGUGGCAUCGGUCUGGCCCUGUGUGAGAGGCUCCUGACUGAGGACCCCCAGCUCCUCUUGUGCCUGGCAUGCAGGAACAUGCAGAAGGCCCAAGCUGCCCGCCGUGCCCUUCUGACCUCCCACGCCCACGCCCGCCUGGAUCUACUGCACCUGGAUGUGGCGUCUGUGCAGUCCGUGCUGGCGGCCGCCCGGGAGCUUCGGUCCAGGUACAACAGAGUGGACUUUUUGUACCUGAAUGCAGGAAUUAUGCCCAAUCCACAAGUGGACUUCAAAGCUUUUGUCAAGGGUCUGUUCUCCAGGAACGUGGUCAACAUGUUUGCCACCGCAGAGGGUCUCCUCACCCAGCAGGACCGCCUCAACCCUGACGGUCUGCAGGAGGUCUUUGCUACCAACCUCUUUGGUCAUUUUCUCCUGAUCAGAGAGCUGGAGCCUCUGCUGUGUCAGGAGGCUCACACGUCUCGUCUGGUGUGGACCUCCUCCAGCAACGCCCGGCGCAGCGCCUUCAGCGUGGAAGACAUCCAGCACAGGAAGGGGUCGGAGCCCUACAGCUCCUCCAAGUACGCCUGUGACAUGCUCAGUGUGGCCCUCAACACGCACAACAACAGCCAGGGGCUUUUCUCCUCGGUGAUAUGUCCAGGACUGGUGAUGACCAACCUAACUUACGGGAUCCUGCCUUCCUUCCUUUGGACUCUCAUCAUGCCAAUCAUGUGGCUGAUCAGGAUCUUCACCCACACCUUCACUCUCACACCCUACAACGGAGCGGGGUCUCUGCACUGGCUGUUCCUUCAAACCCCCGAGUCUCUGGACCCCCGGGCAAAGUAUCACAGCUUAACGUCGGGACUUGGGACAAACUACACAGAACCACGGCAGAUGGACGUUGACGACAGCAUGUGCCAAGUGCUUUAUGACAAACUUCUCCAGCUGGAGAAGGAAGUCAGGAGAAGAUGUCGUUAGAGAGGAGUUCAUUAACUGGAGUGUAAUGACAUGGACUGUACGUAAAGGCUGCGUUUACCUCUGGAGCCAAUGAUAAAUGCUCUUAUUUACCUGGCCUUGUAUGUCCUGCCCUGUGUCUUCAUUCAUGUGAUGGUGUUUACAGUCUAACAGGAACCUGCUACUCACUGCUGGAGGAAGCCACUUGGCCUUUGCCAACACUCAGCUGGACAACUAUUCAAGGGUCUGGAUCAGGGAUUCUCAAACUGGUACGGUAUGCCAAAGUACAGUGUUGUAUUAUUGGAAUGUUGGUCAUUAUGGCGGUACUAGUUUAAGAACCCCUGGUCUCCAUUGAAUCUAGAUACAAUUGUUUGGCCACAAUUUACAAACCCCGUUUCCAUAUGAGUUGGGGAAUUGUGUUAG